AUGGUUCAUACGUGCGUGGUGGCCGGCUGCAGGAACCGAAGGACUCCCGGCACCAGCCUGUCCUUCUACCGCUUCCCCCGGGACGCCGAGAGAAAGCAGCGGUGGAUAGCGGCCGUCAACCGCCAGGGUUGGCUGCCCAACGACGGCAGCCGGCUGUGCAGCACGCACUUCAUCUCCGGUAAACAAGUGAAGAACCCUCGUUCUCCGGACUAUGUUCCUUCCAUCUUCACUGCUGAGAUGAAGGAGCCCGGUCCACCGGAGGCCGCAGCAGACAAGCAGGAAGCCCGGGUGGAGGCAGCCAACGCCCUGUUGUUCCUGCAGCGCCAAGGCGGGUCCGGACCCAACGAGUCAAGUCCCAAGGAGCGCGAGGGCAGCGCGUCGUCCUCGAUGAGCGCCGACGACGAGGACGAAGACGACGAGUCCACGAGCGACGGUAAGGACGAGGCAUUCGCCCGGACCUCCAACUUGGACGACCUCCUCAAGGCGUUGAGGCGCGAGAACCAAGCGCUGAGGGAGUCGGUGGAAAAGAUGUCCUUGUCGGAGAGCUCCCUGAGGAACGACGCCGAGAAGGUGAAGUUUUACACGGGCUUGCCCAACUUCUUCGUGCUGGAGACGGUCAUGCUGCUCCUGGCGCCGCACAUGGACGCCAUCAGGAACAUGAAGCUCUCCAAGUUCCAGCAGCUCCUGCUCACGCUCAUGCGUCUCCGCCUGGACCUGCGCAACCAGGACCUGGCCUACCGCUUUGGCGUGAAGGUGGGCACCGUGGUCAGGACGGUGCAUCACAUGGUCAACAUCAUGUCUUCCACCCUGGUGCCCACCGCCGUCUUCUGGCCCUCGCGAGCCGAGCUGAGGAAAAACCUUCCGGUGGCCCUGCGCGCCUCCUGCCCGGACUGCGCCGUCAUCGUGGACUGCUUCACCGUGCCUUGCGAGGGCCCGGUUGCCAGCGGCAACAAGCCCCAGCAGGGGACGGCGGCCGCUUGUAACGUCUUGAACUACCUGAUCGGCGUGGCCCCCCAGGGCGUGGUCACCUUCGUCUCCAGGGGCAUCCUGGGAAACGUCAGCCCUCGCGAUCUAGCAGAGAGCUGCGGCUUUCUGUGCAAGCUCCUCCCGGGCGACGUGGUCUUGGCCAGCCGGGACUUGGACAUUUCCGACGCCGUGGCCGCCCGCGGCGCCCGCUUCGGGACGGCGCAGGGCUCCCUGGCGGCGGGCGGCGCCGCGACGGACGUGCAGGCCCACGUGGAGCGGGUAGUGUCCAUGGUGCGGCGGCGGUACGCCAUGCUCACCGGGCCCGUGGAGAGUCCCUUCGCCUCGGCCGCCGAGCGCACGUCCAACAUGUCCACCUUUGACAAGAUCGUGCAGGUGGCUUGUGCCUUAAACAACCUCUGCAUCUCCGCCGCGCCGCUCGAGUGAAACCUUCCCGUUUGGCGAGCAGGAAACCAAAAUAUCACUAGCACCCCCGAUGUAGCAGAGAGCUUAUGCUUUUUUUUUCAGGCACUUUUGUAGUCCUCCUUUUCUAUUGGACGUCAUAAAGCCCCGCCCCUCUCAAAGGACUGUUUCUCGCGUGACGUUGGAUAGAAGGUCCAGUGUGCCUUGUGUUGUCAAGACGCUUUAAUCCAAACACUCUUGUGUCGUAUGCAAUCUUCUCAUCUUCUCCUCCAUCUUUUUCCUCAACACCAACCAAAAACCAUGCCAGCUGCGAGGUGCACCAUCUAGUACGGAUCAAAAUGUCACGGUGCCAUAUUGUCACGGUGCACUUUUUUUUUUGGAAUUGUGCCUACCGUAUUUCCUUGAAUAGCCGCCGAGGCGCUAAUUAAUUUAAAACCUCUUCUCACUCCUGCGCUUACCAAAAGCAUGCGGAAUGGGCAAGCAUGCGCUAAUUAUUUUAAAACCUCUUCUCACUCCGGCGCUUACCUUAUCAUGUAAAGCACAUUUAAUUAAAAAAAACGUUAUUAUGGUCUUACCUUUACUUAUAAAUGAGUCCAUGUGCAGCUGCUUCUGAUCAAAAGCAUCGAUAACUUUUUUAUAGAAGUCUUCCUUAUCUUUCUUCAGUUUUAAAAGUCUCUCUGUCUCGAUAGAGCUAUUCCUUUAAUUAUGACCUCCUGCUUUGAUUGAUAGUCCAGUUUAGAAAACUGUUUUAUUUUAGAUAUGUAAUCCUCUGUUAAAAGUGCAAGCAAACGAUUGCUGCUCACGCUUGCUGCUUGUUGUCUUCUGCAGCACCGGUCUUCUGCAGUACUGGUAGUCGCAAGAAGGAUCACUAGCGCCCUCUACCACCAGGAGGCGGGAGUCAUUUAAUGACUCAUAUUUGACCCGGCGGAAGUGCCAAGCAUGCGCUUAUUAUUUUGCGAAACGAGUUUGACCCGGCUGUAAUUCUAGGCAGGUGAAUACUAUAUUCCCGGCGGCAAUUCAAGGAAAUACGGUAUCCUUCGCAAUCAUGAGAGACAAGAAGACAAAAGUUGUUGCUCUUUGCAUUCUAACGUGUAAAACUCAGCUCGUUCUUGGUAGCUAGCAACGCAGCUAAUGUUACAAUCAAUUCUACCUCUAAAUCACUUUGAAAAUGCACUCAAAAAACCACAAACAAUUAAUUUAUGUUCUGUAACCUGUUUAAUAACCAAGCUGUAGCAACAUUGUUAUUGUAGGAGUGAACACUGAGGAACUAUUUUUUCUAGCGUAGUAACUAGGGGUGUAACGGUACACAAAAACUUCGGUUCGGUACGUACCUCGGUUUAGAGGUCACGGUUCGGUUCAUUUUCGGUACAGUAAGAAAACAACAAAAUAUACAUUUUUUGGUUAGUUAUUUACCAAAUUUGUAAACAAUGGCUUUAUCCUUUUAACAUUGGGAACACUAUAAUAAUUCUGCCCACGUUAAUCAACAUUAAACUGCGUCAAGUUGUUGCUCAGAUUAAAUAAAAUGACAAAACUUUUCUUCUACAUAUAAAAAGUGCAACAUUAAACCGUUUCAAGUCAACUCAUGCUUAAUUUAUUACAGCAUUUAAGAAGCCUGUAGUUGAUUUAUUAUGUAAAUGUUAUAUUUUUAUCAACAUGUGAUAGCAGGGACCCUGCCAUUCAAAACUAGGCUGCUCCAUUACUAAUGUAACUAUAGCUGAAAAAAUGGUACAAUAGCAAUAGGAGAGACUAUUCAUCCCUGAACACCAUGGAGUUCAUGUAGGCUUAAUGAUGCACUUACAUUAUUAUAUCAACUAUCAGAGACAGAAACUCUUCAUUUAACAUAAUGUCCUUUUUUGCUGCUUCAACACAGCUCAAUCAACACAGAAAAAGGUCAAGUGAAAUAACAGACAGACAGGGCUUUGCUGUCCGUAACACACACACACACACCGCAAAAUGAGCUAACGUUACGCUAAAAGCGAAUUAGCCUUCACCUCAAGCCAGGACUGCGAGCGAGCUGAGCUGCCUUUUAUAUUUCUAGAAGGUCAACGGGCUCAUAGUGAUGUUACUAGUAGUUGACUGGGAGGUGUUUAUUAUCAUUUGGGGAGAGUCCGCUGCCUGAUGCUUACCUGCUAAACGCUAAGCACUGACUACAUGCGCUCUGAAUACGCACUGCUGAUUGGCUGUUACCGCUCUGUUUGUAACCAAUCAGAUGGUUGUGUGGGUGGGACAAUGCUGGGUGCUGUGUAGAGGACUGACAGAAACAGGCAGAAGGAAGCGGAGGCGGCUACUUAAUAUGUCCGUGUGGAAACUCGUUCGGUACACCUCCGAACCGAACCGAAACUGUUCAAUACAAAUACACAUACUGUUACACCCCAAGUAGUAACACAUCUGCGUGCUAUGGUAUUAGCAGUGAGCUAGUUACGGCAAGAUACGUCGGCGCCCGAAAGGCUUUCGAGUUUGUAACGCUCAACACAAUGUGAUAGGACACCAACCUGUACUGACUGAAAAACAUAAACAAUCAUAUUAGUAUCUGUAAAUUAUUAUUUCAUGUUUUGUCUGUACACAGCUAGCUGGACUCUGUAUGUACUGUAAUAACACGCAUGACGUGCUGCGCGUGUGUGUGAUGUUGUCUGUUUGGUCCAGCUGGCCGGGGACAUUUUUUCCAGGUUCAUUUUGGGUAAGCACUCCGUUUAUGUCCAAAUAGCUCGUCUCCAAGUUUCAUAUUUUAUAUCGUCAAAGUCACACCGACCUCACUUUUUUGGCUUCCGUCUGCUCCAACGUCUCACUCUUCCCUUUGUGCUCAAGUCUGCCAUGAUUAGAAAACACAACGUAAGUAGGAACGCACAUUUGUUGCCGGAAUUCGGAAAAAAAUGCACUGAGGAAAGAAGUUCCGGCAAUAAUUAAAAUGAUCGAAAUAUGAUAAAUAUUGUACAUAUUGUAAAGUGUCUGU